UGAACCGCGCUGCGUUGUGUGGCUGCGCGCAACCCCUCGGCUUGGAGUGACCAUCUCUCUUGGAUCGAGUAUGCCCACAAUUCCAUGUCCUGUGCUGCCACCGGCAUGUCCCCGUUCGAAUGCUCCCUGGGAUACCAGCCACCCUUGUUUCCUGCUCAGGAGGAUUACAUCUCCGUCCCCUCGGUCCAGCACCAUCUCCGCCGUUGUCGCAGGACGUGGAGGGACGCACGCACCGCUCUGCUGCGCUCCGCAGAGCAGAACCGGCGCAUUGCUGAUCGCCACCGGGCUCCCGCUCCUGCCUAUCGGGUGGGUCAACAGGUGUGGUUGUCCUCUAGGGAUCUCCCCUUACGAACUGGCUCCAAGAAGUUAACCCCUCGUUUUGUUGGCCCUUUCCCUAUUAUUUCCGUCAUCAAUCCCUCAGCGGUCACACUCAAGCUGCCUCCAGCCAUGCACGUCCACCCCACCUUCCAUGUCUCUCGUUUAAAGCCAGUCUCCACCAGUCCCCUCUCCCCCCCGGACGUUCCCCCCCCACCUCCCCGUUUGACUGACAACCACCCAGAUUACACCGUCCGGCAGUUGCUGGACAUUCGUCGUCGGGGCAGGGGGUAUCAGUACCUCGUGGAUUGGGAGGGUUAUGGGCCAGAGGAAAGGAGCUGGGUUUCGCGGGGCCUCAUCCUCGACCCCUCCCUCAUCCGGGAUUUUCAUCGGGCUCACCCAGAGAGGCCUAGGCCGCCUGGAGGCGUCCAUUGAGGGGAGGGUACUGUUGUGGUCACAGCAGUCUGCUGUGUUUUUCCUCCUCCUGGGUUUGCCACUCCCCCUGUCGGUCUCACUUCACACCUGGCCGUCAUCUGCAAUCAUGCUCACCUGGUCGUCAUCUCCAAUCAACUCCCCUUCAUAAACCCUUGGAUUCCCUGCUGUCGGUGCCAGAUCGUACUUCGCUCUACAGUGUUAUCCGGAUCACGCACUCCAGCUCGCCUGCCUCACCCUCCCCCCGGCUUCCGCGUCCUCUACCUGCUCCUCCACCUCACUCAAUAAACCCCCUUGCAUCAAUUCAACACCGUCUCUUGUCUGCUCUUGGGUUCAGAAUCGUUA